AUGCAAAAUGACUUUAUUAACUCUAUGAAAACCAUUUCUGUUAAAAAAGAUACUAUAAAUAGGAUUAUAAAUUAAUUCGACUCACUUGGAGUCUUACCACUUGAUACUGCUAAAAUUACAUAGUAAUAAAUUAAGCUUAUUCCUAUUUACAAAAUUAGAGAUAAGGUUUUACCUAUUGAACCCUUUUUAAAUGUAAAUAUAACUCCAAAAAAGGCAACCUUCAUUAACGAGCUGUUAAUUAUGGCUAUUAGUAUCUGCUAAAUUAACAUAUUAUACCCUUAGAAUAAUAUUGAAAUAACUAAUGUGUGUAUUGUUUUUAAGUAAAGCAGAGUGAAUCUUAAUGGUCGUUAAAGAAUACCAUCAAAAAUGUAAAAAAUACUAAAAAAUUAAUGA